AUGAUUUGUUGGGGUAUAUUUGGAAGUCAGGUAGUAUCUCAUGAUUCAAGAAUACACCACAGUUUUUGUUCUCGAAAUAUUACUCACAACAGAACAAAAUUGAUGCCUGAUGCUGUAUAUCAGUAUGCGCUCCAAGCUAGACUGGUCCUUCCUCAUGACUUAGAAAACUUGACAUGGUGCAGGGAGGAACGAAAUAUAUUAUAUCCAAUUCCUUCAUUUUAUAAGCAUGUCCAAGAGAAAUAUUGGCAAGUAGAGCCUUUUGGCUACUGGCAGUUAAAGAAACUACCUUGCUUCAUUAUAGCCGCUCCAGCGAUUUUUAUCGUUUUAUAUGGCUCUCUGUUCGAACUUGAUCGUUUGAGAACGGUGCAUGGAUUAUUUGGCGUUAUUCUUGGCACAUUCCAUGACGCGAACAGCACACUUCCGUUUAUGAUACAUGCAUUGGUGCUAACAGUUCUGGCUAUAGUGCUAUACAAUGUGGAAGUGCUCACCCGAAUUCUAUUUUCAUCAUCACCAUUUGUUUAUCUAGUUAUAGCACAGUACAUGGAUCGUCGAACUCCUUUGGUAACACUAGACGAUAUACAGUAUCCCACCUUUCUUCCUUUUUUCACCAAUUUCUCGAGGUCACACUGGGUUCAUGCUUUGUUAUUAUGUUACUUGCUGGGCUAUUUCUAUAUUGGCACACUAUUACAUGCUAACUGGCUUCCGUUUACCUGA